CCGCGGGGGCAUUUUGUGGUUACAGGAAAAAGAUCCUUAUGCGCUUAUGCCCUCUCUCAGAUACCAUUAGUGAUCUACAAUUACAUGAAAGAUGCUUCUGAAUUUUUGUGAUCCUUGCUUACGUCCAGAAAUUAAAUCUAGUGCUAUCAGCACGGACGGAUAUGAAGUGACCAAUUUGAUAAGUGAUUCCUACAAAGGAUAUUUGGCAUACUCCUGCAUCAAGCCACCAAUUCAUAUAGACAUUACGUUUCUUUGCAACAUAUCUAUUAAUCAUGUAUUGAUUUGGCCAUCCGUCGGGUCACAGAAGUCAUCGGGGUUUCAGCUUUCCCUUAGGAAUACCAAUGAUAACGACACUCCGUAUACUUGUAUGUCCAGUGGACGGCUGAGUCCCCAUGAUGUUGGUUUGUUGUUUUACUCAAGUGACAUAGACUCUACAGGGAUCCCCACGCCACCAAAUUUCUUAAGAUGUUGUAUUAAAGCUUCUAAGGGACCUGUGACAACUAAAUAUGCACAUGUUUUACGUAUAACAAUAUAUAAAACAGAAAACUCAGUGCCAGCAUUAGGAAAAGUUCAAGUAUGGGGAACAGUAUCCCCACGUUGUGGAAAAGAUGUUAUAGCAAGUGUACAUGUUUUAUGGGCUGAACAACGAACUUCCUCGAUGUUGCCUGUAACUGGACUGAAAGCCUCUGUAAAUGUUGUAAACACUACUUCUGCAGAUACCAGAGAGAUACAUAACAGACUGAAGAAUGAUGCAACCAUUGACAUUCCUGAAAGCUUCCUAGAUCCUAUCACAUGGGAAAUAAUGACUCAGCCAAUUAUAUUACCUUGUGGACAAAUAAUAGAUCAAACCACAUUAGAGAAACAUGGAGAAAAUGAAGCAAUUUGGGGUAGACCGUUAUCAGAUCCAUUCACAGGCUUGAGAUUUAAUGAUGAUCGUAGACCAGUCAUGGCAUCUGCACUUAAGUCAAGGAUUGACAAGUUUCUAAUGGACAACAGCAAUCGAAAUGAAAUCAAGAAUAUGCCAAGAGUCUUAGGCCGCAAUCCAACUUCAACUAUAGCAGGAGAUAGAAGAAUAAUUGAAGUACCAAAAUGUGUAUUAAAUAGAAAUUUAAAAAGGACUGCCGAAGAUAUUAAAUCAAAUACAUACAAGCAGACGACAAAUAAUAAUUCGCAACCUAUAAAAAAAUAUUGCCAUAAACUGCCUAUAGCAGUUAUGCCCAAACGAUCCACUGCCAGUGCUAUAAUAAAACCAAGACAGUUCACAAAUGUUUCAACUUUUUCCAAAUUGACUCAUUAUAGCAAUUUUCAAAAUCAUAAGGAUGAUGAAUUGGCUAAUGACAAUUUCUUAGAUAGCAAUUUAAAGACUCUGUUAUCCAACAUGAAACACUUUACUACACCAGAAAAAGUGGAAUUACAUGAAAUAUCUAACAAAUGUGAAUGUUGUAAUAAUAGUAUUUUUUAUAGACUUCCAUGUAAACACGUGGUAUGUAGAAAAAUAUUAUUAUCUACUGAAAAUAAUCAGUGUAAAUCUUGUGGAUUUUUUUAUAAAUCGUGCGAGAUUGAACGGAUUUAUGACAAUAUUUUAAAUAGAUAACAAAGAAAGAGA